CGCUUGUUUUCGUCAGAAACAGUCACUUUACGUUAAUUUCAUAUUAGAAACAUAGAAACAAGCUGCAUUAAUCACAUACUAUUAUCUACAAAGUACUGACAUUGCCUGGCAUGUGAAAACGCAAUUUAAGUAUAGGUUCGGUAUCCAUCCAGUUCAUUAAGACUGUAAGAGCUCCUGUGUAUGUGCCCUAUUCGACAAGUAGUGCGCGGUCUUCGGUGUUUUGAAGACGUCAUCUUCCCCGUAAAGGGCGACUUGGGCCGAUCGUAAUGUGCUGUAGAAGACUAGCUAUUUCUACUUGUUCAUUAAGGGUCUACACUCUUCCGGUUCCUUUGGCCUCGGUAUUGACUAGAAGCGAAAAUAAUUAAAUCUGUGCAUCCGUAUGCACACCGUUUGUGUGUGUGUGUGUGACGGUGUGUCAAGUUGACGUACUCUGUGCGCAUUCGUAUUGUCGCGUGCAGAGGCCACUGGCCCAGCACAACUCAGCGUACGACAAUGUAGCAGAUUGGAGCACAACUAAUCCCAAAAUUGGCUGAAUGGCACCAACGCCAAAAAAAAGUAAACUUCACAAUCCAAUGGAGUGGACAAAAUUUGCCGUCACCAUAGUACUUAUACCAGUUGUCAUUAUUGUUCUACUGACGCCCAGAUUUGUGGAAGCUUCUAUCGAAUACUCAGCACUGGGCAUCCCCACAUGUAAUCCGCCAGGCAUAUUUCGACCAGGCCGGAAACUGGACUUUGGAGCCUCGAAGAAAAAUGGGGCGAUCGUCGACUCAAAAGGAUCCUCGUUCAUUCUAACUGGCCAACUGGAAGACUGCGCCAACUGGUGCUGCAAAUUACCUGCCGUGAAUUGCUCAAUAGCGACGUUGGAAAUUAAAUCGACAGGCGCUAAUUGCCACCUUCUUACAUGCUAUCCAAGUGAGUUGUGCAUUUUCAACCCCAGAACCGAAUUCGUUUCCUACGACAGAACGCUAUUUGUGCCAAAAGACGCAUACAAAGUUAAGGAAACCAAUACCAGUGAAGUAAGUGAUGGCUUCAGUAAAUCCGGCGGAAACGGGCCCAUACUUAGCUUUGUUGACCAGCAAAUGCCACCGUCACAGAACAUUGAUCCUCAACGCGAUUCAAUGAUCAAACCACGAAAAGGUGUUGGACUACCCCCACCGCCCACUGACAAGCAUCUUAACCAAACGACAAUCUCGAAUCGGGAGCAUCCGAACAUGCCUAUGUCAGAAAAACGUAAAACCCCGGUCGGAACGAUUUUUCUAUAUUCAGCCCUCAUUCUUGCUUUGCUAGCGAUGUUUGCUUUUUUUGGACAAAAGUUUCUCGACUGCUGGGAACGCAGACAUUACACCAGGGCGGACUAUUUGUUAGAUGGAAUGUAUGAAGACAAUAGACACGGUCUUAAAGCCCAUCAUAGCCCGUGCCAUUGAUCAUCCUCAAGUGACUGCCAGCUUUAGAUAGAAAAAAAAUACUCAGAGGUGCUAAGGCAGGCGGUGCUCAGACUAGGCAUUCGUAUCCGCUACAGUGUGAUUGAAUCAGAGACUGCUUUAAAACAGUGCAUGUAUAGUAUAAUGAAAUAGUUCAACUGAUUUACUAGAUGUAGAGUAAAUUUUGUUCAAGUUAAAGAUCACGAGUAUGCUUUAGCUUCAGAGAACCAUUUAAGAUCAAUUGAUCUUCAUUGGUUCUAUUGUGUAAGUCUGUGGUCACCUUGUUAUAAGCCACUUCCAACCCUAUGAAUACAUCCAGAGGCCGUAACAAUUCGAAAUAAUUAUCAAGCAUUGAUCGCAACCCAAAUAACCAACGUGGGCCACUAGUUGGCGGCAGUCGAGAAACUUAAUAGUGCAAUAUGAACACCAACUAAAUAAACAGUAAAAUCUUUUGAAGAUAAUCAUAAUAAUAUUAAUAAUAAAUGUUGCACUGAAAUUGU